AUGACUCAAAAAAUCUAUGACGUAAUCGUCGUCGGUGCUGGCAUUUUCGGCUCAUGCACGGCGUUCCAUUGCCAAAAAUCUGGAUUGAAAACCCUUCUUCUGGAGCAAUUCAAGGUUGGACAUUCGAACGGAAGCUCCCAUGGAAUGACUAGAAUAAUUCGUUACGCUCAUGCUGAGAAAGAGUGCCUUCCUCUCGUUGAUGACACUUAUUCGCAAAUUGCCGAGCUCGAAAAACAGAGAAAUGAGAAGUUGUGGAAGAAUACCGGUCUUUUAUGGGCGGCCACUGGAAAUCAGCUUGAAAAUAUCUCGAAAAUUCUAAAAGAUUUCAAAAUUAAUCAUGAAAUUAUUGAUGGCGAAAAGAUUGAAAACCGAUAUCCGCAAUUUAAAUUCAACUCGGAAUGGAAGGCGCUUAUUGAUCCAAUGGGUGGAGUGAUUUAUGCGAACAAAUGGCUGAACGCGUUUCAGACCGAAUUCAAAAAUCAAGGCGGAAAACUUCAAGAUCUUGAAGAAGUUAAGAGUUAUGAUGACAGCGCGGAUUUAGUAGCAAUUAUUACAAAUAAAGGAGCAUACAAAACGAAGAAGGUUGUAUUCACAGUGGGACCAUGGCUGGCUAAACUUCUUCCAAAUAUUAAUUUUAAAAUUGAGCCUCUCAGCAUUGCUGCUUGCUUCUGGCAGCCAAAAGACAAAGCAAACGCUCAUCUGUUCUCCGAUGAUAAACUUCCAGCAUUUAUUGCUCGAGAUGAGAUCAAUCAGCGCUCCAGUUAUGGGCUUCCCGGCGAGGAUUAUCCAGGAACUUUUAAAUGCUGCUAUCAUACGGGAGCUCCGUUGGAUGCCGAAUUGAAUCAUCCAGAGAAAACGCCUGAGCAAUAUAUCUCCUGGCCGGGUGAAUUCUUAAAGGAGCAUGUUCCAUUAGCCGAUAGUUCGAAGCCAAAACACAUUGAUCUUUGCAAAUAUACCAUGUCACCGGAUCAUGGCUAUGUUCUAGGGCCAGUUUCUGAUAACCAUCCAAAUUUAAUUGUUGGUGGCUGCGGCUCUGGCUCUGGAUUUAAGGUUGCACCAGCAAUUGGUAGAGUUCUAUCCGAGCUAGCAGCUGGAAAAGAACCGUCAAUCGACAUUUCUCAGUUUUCACCGAAAAGAUUUAAUUAA